UUCAAAUAAAACCUCCCUCCUCCGCCUCCUCCACCACCACUACCAUCAUGUCGAACAACGAUCUUUUCACCUCCCUAAUCUCCGACGUCAAAACCUACUCCGGCAAAGACCCUCUUCUCCCAUGGCUAAGAGGGAUUCGAAAAAUGAACGACUCACUCCCGCCUCACACUCUGAAGGAGAAGCUUCCUCGCUUCUUGCAGAAGUGUGCGCAGACGUUCGAGUCCGAUCGACGAUACCGAAAUGAUUUGCGCUACAUUCGAGUUUGGUUAAAGUUGAUGGAUUUUGUCGAUGAUCCGAGAGCUCUGUUGAGAACAAUGGAGGCGAAUCAAAUCGGGACAAAGCACUCUUUGUUCUACCAGGCAUAUGCUCUCUACUAUGAAAAGAACAAGAAAUUUGAGGAAGCUGAGAAGAUGUACCACUUGGGAGUGCAAAACCUUGCAGAGCCCAUUGGAGCGUUAGAGAAGUCGUACGAGCAGUUCCUUCAACGAAUGGAGAGACACAGGAGACACAGAAACCAGGAACCGAAAAUGUUUGGCGGCGAUGAUACAGUUGUGGUGAAGUUUGUAGACACUGCCAUUGUUGGAAAGUCUGAAGCGGAAGAUGCGUGUCACCAUGGAUUGGUGGAUCCUACUAUAAACAUGAAAGAGGCCAUGAGCGCCAUCAAUGACAUGUUUCGAGAGCCUAUAGAGACGGCUCCCAUUAGCAGAAGAUCUCGACAAUCCCAACCGAAGAACAAUACUGUGGACAGUGGAUUCCAAGUAUUUGUUGAUGACAACUUAGAUAAUGGAGGGAGGAAAUCAGAUAAUAAUAAGGGAGAAUUGAGUAGAACUGCUACCCACCAGUCUCACCAAGAACCUUUAAACAUUUUCAUCGAUGAUGAAAACCCGACAGAUGAUUCUACCUCACCUGCUUCACAUGGAAAUGUAUUCGUGUUUCCAAAUCCAAAAGAUUUUCCAGGUGAAAGUUCCGGUGAUUUGGAUGUUGGAGGCUCAUCUCGACCGAGGUUCAGGGAGGAUACAAUGGUUUGUAGGUUUGUUGGGGCCACCAUUUCAGAUGAGCCAGAGGAGGUGGAAAAUGCCUGCCACCAUGGUUUGGUUGACCCUACAAUCAACCUAAAGGAAGCCAUGGAUGAUAUCAACAACAUGUUUGGGAAGCCAAUGGAAUUUGUAAGAAAGAGGAGAGAAAAGCAGGAAAGAGGACUUGAUAGGAAAGAAGAUUUUGGUGGGUUUUCUAUACUUCCUGAUGAUAACUUGAACCAAAAGCAAGAGCAGAAAAUGCCUGAUUUACCGCAGAGAUCAAGAGAUUCAGAUUUGUUUGAGGCCACUGUAACAACAAAGGAGGCCAUGGAUGAGAUCAAUAAGAUGUUUGGAAUGCCCCUGGACUUCUAGGAAGAAUUCCAACUGCUAUGUGUGUGCGUGCUGCAGAUUUUCGGGUUUGUUGUAGCGAAUGUAUUGAGCUGUGUUACUUCCCCAUUCAUCCAUUGUACUUGAAUUUUGGAAAUCUUGAAGUAAACGGAUUUGUGCUAUCCUAGUUUCCAAUUUUAGUUUGACC